AUCCUGUCAUAGAAAAAAAGAAGAAAAACAUCCUGCAGACUGGUGAUCAGAUGCAGCAGCUUCAUGUUCAUCGAAUUAUCUUCAUAACACAACACUAAAACAUUAUUUUAAUAUGUUGACGUGUUAGGAGCAUCUUUACACUUCAGCUGUUGGUCAACAGAUCGUAAUAGAGUUCAUCAUCUGAAUGAAUGAAGAGAGUUUGAUCGUCAGAUCCACAUUAAACACGAUCAGAGCUGAUAAUGUUCACAGACAUGGACUAUGAGCUCGAGGAGGACAAACUUGGGAUUCCCACAGUUCCCGGGACAGUGACUCUGAAGAAGGACGCACAGAACCUGAUUGGGAUCAGUAUUGGAGGCGGAGCUCAGUUCUGUCCCUGUCUCUACAUCGUACAGGUGUUUGAUAACACCCCGGCCGCUCAGGACGGGGCUCUGGCCGCUGGCGAUGAGAUCACAGGAGUCAACGGCAAACCGGUGAAAGGAAAGACUAAAGUAGAGGUGGCCAAGAUGAUCCAGGCAGUGCAGGCUGAAGUGGUGAUCCAGUAUAACAAACUGCAGGCCGACCCGAAGCAGGGCAAAUCUCUGGACAUCGUGCUGAAGAAGGUGAAGCACCGUCUGGUGGAGAACAUGAGUUCAGGAACCGCAGACGCUCUGGGACUCAGCAGAGCCAUUCUGUGCAACGAUGGUCUGGUGAAGAGGCUGGAGGAGCUGGAGAAAACCGCUGAACUUUAUAAAGGACUGAUGGAGCACACCAAGAGACUGUUAAGAGCUUUCUAUGAGCUCUCGCAGACUCACAGAGCGUUUGGCGAUGUGUUUUCCGUCAUCGGUGUCCGUGAGCCGCAGGCCGCUGCCAGCGAAGCCUUCGUGAAGUUUGCUGAAGCUCAUCGAAACAUGGAGAAGUUCGGCAUCCAGCUGCUGAAGACCAUCAAACCCAUGCUGCAUGAUCUGAACACGUAUCUGCACAAAGCGAUUCCUGACACCAAACUCACCAUCCGCAAAUACCUGGACGUCAAGUUUGAGUACCUGUCGUACUGUCUAAAGGUGAAGGAGAUGGAUGAUGAAGAGUACAGCUGUAUCGCGUUAGGAGAGCCGCUGUACCGUGUCAGCACCGGUAACUAUGAAUACCGCUUGAUCCUGCGCUGUCGACAGGAGGCUCGUGCUCGAUUCGCCAAGAUGCGCAAAGACGUUCUGGAGAAAAUCGAACUCUUGGACCAGAAGCAUGUCCAGGACAUCGUGUUCCAGCUGCAACGCUUCGUCUCAGGGAUGUCGCGCUACUACGACGACUGCUACGCCGUGCUGAAGGAGGCCGACGUGUUCCCCAUCGAGGUGGAUCUGUCCCGAACCAUGAUCAACUACAGCGGACAGAGCCUCUCGUACGAGGACGAGGAUGAGGAAGAGACGAGCAGAGGAGGAGAGGACCACGCUCUACAGACUGAGAACGGAGCCGAGAAACUCGUUGACGACCAGUGAGUGAAUUAUCAGAUGAAAUAAUCAAUCAAUCAAGGGAAAGUAAAGGAUCUCAAUGUGACAGAAAGAGCUACAGAUGAGAGAUUAUCUACAGUGUAAGAUGACUGAUAAAUAAUAUGAAUAAAAGCAUUAUAUAUGAUAAAAAAAAGUUCUAUAUUUAUAAACUACACUUUCAAAUCACUGGUCAGACAGAAACGGAAUCACUGGUUGCCAUGUUACAUACUUCAGAAUAGAAUGUUAGGUUUGGUUACUAUGGUGACAGAAUUGGAACAUUCAUCAAACAUUCUUUGUUUGGAGUCUUUGAACUCUGAUUCAGAAUAUUUCAGAUGAACAGACCUGAAGCUGAGUUGUCUGUGGCUUUUCUCUUUUUUCUGCCUUUGAAACACUUGAUGAAUGUCUUUAAGCGCCAAUGAUCUGAACAUUUCACUGUUUUUUAUUUUAUUUUAUUUUUUUAUGUGUUUUGGGUGUUGGGGUUAUUUAAUUUACCUCACCUGUGUAACUGUGGUUUAUGUAACAUUACGUCCUAGAAAGAUUAAAUGUCUUGGAAGGUUAGAAAAAAAGUUUGAUGAAGAAAAAUGCUUGUGAAUCCUUCUGUGUGUGAGUAAAAAUGUAAAUCAAACUUGUUUUAUGGGCUUUCUCAUUAAACGUCUUGAGUUUCAGGAA